GAUGCCUCCCUCUGUCUCACUGUCUCUGUUUCACUGUGUCGGCUUUAUUCAACUGAGGAAGCCGAACGUGAGUCUUAUCGAUAAUAAUGAAAACUGAUGUUUAAGAGCGAACACUGACACCGGCUCUAACAGCUGUUAUCUGUAACUAAUUACUGGACAUAUACUGUCAUGCACAUGAUACAUAAAUUAUUUAUACCCUCAGGUCUCUUACCUUCUCUUCCACAAACACACACACAUACUUCUCUGUCUUUCUUGCCUCAGUGCUACGCUCCUCUUUGCUAACCUCGGUGCAGCUGCUCCGCUUCCACAAGCUUCUUAGAAACCAGGAUGGUGUCUCCUGCCAUCGCUCUGGCCUUCAUCCCCCUCCUGCUGACACUGCUCAUCAGGUACCGGUACUACUUUGUGCUGUUCUAUCGGGCUGUCCUGGUCAGGAUAUGGAAGGACUGUAUGACUGGUCUGAGUCGAGAGGAACGAGCCUACCAGUACGUUCUUACUCAUGCCACCCCCGGAGACCCCGAAAGCAUCCUGGACGCCUUUGAUGCCUGGUGCAGCAAGGUGGAGUUCAUCAGCAACAUUGGGCCUAAGAAAGGGAAGGUCCUGGACCGGCUGCUGAAGAACCAGAGUCCUUUGACCGUGCUGGAGCUGGGUGCCCACUGCGGGUACAGCACCGUGCGGAUCGCCCGAGCUCUGCCCCUGGGUGCCAGGCUCUACAGCAUCGAGAUGGACCAGAGGAAUGCCGCCAUCGCAGAGAAAAUCGUCCGCCUGGCAGGAUUUGAUGACGACACAGUGGAGCUUAUUGUGAAUCCAUCAGAUGAAGUCAUCCCUCGGCUGCGGUCUGACUACGGUUUAGAACGUCUGGAUUUCGUCUUCAUGGACCAUUGGAAGAAAUCCUACUGUCCUGAUCUGCAGAUGCUGGAGGGCUCUGGUCUGCUGGGGAAAGGGUCUAUGAUCGUGGCAGACAACGUGCUGUUUCCCGGGGCGCCGAAGUUCCUCAGACACAUUCGUAAGAGCGGCCUUUAUGAGUGGAAGAUCCACCGGGCCAUGCUGGAGUACAGCAAAGGCAUCAGGGAUGGCAUGGCUGAGCUGGUCUACCAGGGAAUCAAGUAAACGAUGCAGACUGGGAAAUCACACUAUGACACAGAUACAUAUUUUGGGGAGGGAAGGGAUGAAGUGAUGAUGGUGUACCUGAUGUUAAAACUGUCUUUGAGGAAAGUUACAUUCACCUGAAAACUGGAGAAUCGAUUUUUAUAGAUGGUUUUCAUCUGAACUCACCUCAGACAGCGCCCUCCCCUGGGUAACAAAUGUAAAGAAAAGAAAUGAUCUUUGUUACUUGUUACCACUGCCUGUCAUUAUCUGCUGUCAGCUUUCCAUCAAAAGCUAAUGUCAGAAAAAAAAGCUUAUUUCUAUCUAAACAUAUAGUACCUGCCAAAUUUUUGGGGAAAAAAACAACUAUCACAGCAAAAGAAAUAAGAAAUGCAAAUUUUGGUGAGUUUAUAGUUUAUGUCCUUUACUUACAAGUUUAAAAUUUAAAAGUGUUCAAGUGGAAAAUGUAACUGUCAAUAACUGUUCAAUGAAAUAAAAUAAACUGUGGAAAUCAGCA